AUGUGCCUGAAGGGUUGCAGAGGUGUCCUCUGCGGUGGCCACUCCCAUCACCCUGACCCCACCUUACUCUCCGGCAUGCUGCUCUAUGCCCAUCACACACAGCUUCAGCUGCCUGGAGGCCAGAAGGAAAGGGCAGUGUGGGGCCUGAGCCCAACCGGGGCGGUCCUGGCUCUUGUUACCAAAGCAGGCUCUGUGUUUGCUGCCUUAACCGCAAGUGUCUCCACUGUUCUCCGGGGCCUCAUCUCAGUCAAGGCCCACCUGCUUUCUCAGCCCCUGCCUCUCCAGUGGGCUUUGCCUAGGUCAAUUGUGCUGGGUUUGUGCUUUUCUCUUGUGUUUUCUCUGGUCCUGAGAGCAGCAUGGGCUUAG